GAAUGCCCUCUAUAUGAAUUUCGUUUGAUGGUGGCGCGCAGAAGUACCGCAGCCGGAUGGUCGUCAAUGGCAUCUCGUUCAGCGUCACCGAAGGUGAGGCUCUGGCCGUGCUAGGCGUGCCCGGUUCGGGAAAGAGCACACUGUUGGCCAUGCUCGCCUCCGACGUGCCUCAUGACCGAGGCCGCGCGCUGAUGAAGACGCCGCGGGAAAUCAUUACGAUGCGCGGCGCACCUGCCAGUUGGCGAGCCGGUAUAGGCUACUGUCCACAGAACGACGGUCUGCUCGAGCAGCUGACUGGCAUUGAGACGCUGACGCUGUUCGCCAGGCUGCGGGGCGUGCCGGAAUCCCGGGUGUUCGCGGUGGCAAGGGACAUUGCGCGCCUGAUGGGCAUCGACGGUGUGAUCGAGGAAUUCGUCGCGACGUACAGCGGCGGCUUGCGGCGACGCCUGUCGGUCAGCGUGGCGCUGGUCGGUCUGCCGCCCGUGGUGCUGCUCGAUGAACCGACGGUCGGCGUGGACGUGGCCUCCCGCAGGAUCGUGUGGGAGGCACUGCGCAACCUCCAGCAUGUGGCCAAAACCACGCUGAUUGUGGCGACGGGAAGCAUGGAGGAAGUUGAGGCCAUGUGCGACCGCUUGGCUAUCAUGAUCGACGGCGAGUUCCAGUGCAUCGGCACGCUGACGCACCUCAAGUCCAAGUUCGCCCAGGGCUACACGGUGACCGUGAAGACGCACGAUGAGUACAAAGACGACUACGAGUACCGAACCAAACUCAUGCGGGCCAUCGCUGACACCUUCCCCAACAGCAAUCUCCAGCAGUCGUUCGAGGGCUUCCUGGAGUAUCACAUGCCGGAGAGCGGUCUGUCCUGGCACGAGCUGUUCGCGCAUGCCGAGGCGAUCAAGCGUAAGCUCAACCUGUUCGAGUUUCUCAUCAGCAACACCACGCUCGACCACGUGUAUGCGGCGCUCGCACGAUGGGAACGAGGUCGGGCCCGCCGAGCGGCUGGCGAAGGUUCACCCGGCGAAGGUCUAGAUGGCGAAGACAGCGGCGCCAAAUAACGGAGUCGGCGCUCGCCAGCCUCCGUCGC